AUGUCUAACUUUAAAAUUGCCGAUGUCUCGCUUGCUAGUUGGGGGCGCAAAGAAAUUGACUUGGCAGAAAAUGAAAUGCCUGGUUUGAUGACUUUGCGUCAAAAAUAUGGUGAAUCAAAGCCCUUGACUGGAGCUCGUAUCGCCGGUUGUCUUCAUAUGACCAUCCAAACAGCGGUGUUAAUAGAAACACUUACGCACCUUGGAGCUGAGGUUUCCUGGAGUUCUUGCAACAUUUUUUCUACCCAAGACCAGGCGGCUGCAGCUAUCGCAGCUACUGGUGUGCCUGUGUUCGCCUGGAAAGGAGAAACCGAAGAAGAGUAUUUAUGGUGCAUUGAACAGACACUUAAUGCCUUCAAAGAUGGAAAGUAUCUAAACAUGAUCCUCGACGACGGUGGUGAUUUGACGAAUUUGGUCCAUAAAAAAUAUCCAAAGCUUUUAGAAGGUAUAAAGGGUAUUUCUGAAGAGACUACGACUGGGGUACAUAAUUUAUACAGGAUGUUAAAGGAGGGUACCUUGAAGGCGCCCGCGAUCAACGUAAAUGAUUCCGUGACAAAGUCAAAAUUCGAUAAUCUUUAUGGUUGUCGUGAGUCUCUCAUUGAUGGAAUUAAGCGUGCCACCGAUAUUCAAAUUGCGGGUAAAGUCGCAGUCGUAGCCGGAUACGGUGAUGUCG